GAGGGAAAUGUCAAAUGGCUCCAGGAACUAUCAGUGAUGAGUUCUGAACAUUAAGGGCAAAUAAAAAGUCUUAUUUGCAUGAUUUCUAUAUCGGAGUGGCCAUUGUUCAGUAAAAGCAAAUCACCUGGCUUUUUCUUGAGCAAUCUUAGAUUUUUGAACUGACUUCCUUUUAGGCUUUUUCAUAAACAAAUAACUCGAAAAGUCUCUAAGGAGGGUAGAGGCCAGUUCCUCAUUUCAGGUCUAUGUAGGAGCUUACACCAGCAAGAAGGGUUCCUUGCUAAGGGUGUGGAAACUGCUCUCAGCCCUCACCUGGCAGCUGGCUCUGUGGCUCUGCAGACCCCGUGGGUGGUCAGGACCCAUCUGGACAAUGUCGCUCUCAGAGGCAGACCAUUCUACAGUCUUUUAGAGAAUUCACAGAAGAUUUGGCAUGGACACAUUUACUUAACUUUGGAGUUUUCACCAGAUCCACGAGCCUCCCGGGAGCCAGCCACUCAGAGUUCCUAAAAGAAACCUGCUGCUGCUCCUCACUGAAGAUGCAGCGACCUGUUUGUCAUUCUCCUUUGGGAAAAGACAGAGAAGUGCCGGAAGAAGAACAGCUCUGCCGUGCUGAAGAUGACCAACCUCAGCACGGGCCACAGGACAGCAACUCAGACGGGGUCUCCUGCAAGCUUCUCGAAAUGGAUCCUCUUAGCCCUGUGCAGAAGGCAGUGUCUGACCCACAGGGGCAGACCCAAGGCUGUGGGUCUCCCCAGCAACCUCUGAGCCUGUCCAAGAACCAGGGAACCCUCCUGCAGUUUGACCGGCAGGCCCCUGGCCGCAUUUCCACCUCUCCCACGCUGCGGAGGUUAAGGGGCAGUGGCCGGGGGACUUCGUCUUCACUUCCUCAGCGAGAGGCCUUGCUGGAGCCCAUCUGGGGAAGCGGGAGAGUCCUUGCAGGCUCCCCAGGUCACCUGCCCAAGAGUCCACUGGGAAACCCAAAUGAAUGUCCACACACUCUCUAUUCCUUGAAACCCCCUUCAGGACCACCUGCAGACCUUAAAGGGGCCCUCAACACAGCCAACUCCGUGGAGCUCCAAACCAAGUCCCCUGAUGAGGACCCCCUUUCGGUACCUCAACACAUCAGUGAGACAUCUCUUUGCCAGCCCUCUCUUCCACGACAAGAAGGCCACAGACUUCCCAGCCCCAUCUCACAGCACCCAAGAGCUCAGGGAGAAGAAUCACAUGGCUCCAGAUUCUAUGAGCACAGGCGGAGUUCCGUGGUGUUGAACUUACCUGGACUAGAGGUGUUCCCCGGGGACCUCCUGGUGUCCGAUGGAGCUGCUGAUUACCUGUGUCAUCCACUUCUGCUGCUGAAUUCAGAAUCCAAAAAACCAAGAUGGCCUUUCUCCAAGAAAGGAGUGCAGGGCAAAGACAAACACAAGUACAUAACCGAUCUGGAAAACUGCCUGUCUUCAGUGAAGAUUGCAGACUUCCGGGACUAUGACUUCUGCAGCCUGAAGGAUAAGACCUGGAAUGAAGUCAUGGAAACACAUCAGAAAGUCCCCACUGAUCAAUUAGACUCGAGAAAGCAGCAAGAGGCUGUGUGGGAACUUUUCACGAGUGAAUGCACUUAUUUCUUGGACCAUUUAUUAGUUCUUAAAAUGAUUUUUAUGAAUACACUAAAAUAUCUGCAAAUUCACGAGUAUCUUCUGGAUGUAGAUUUAUGGAGACUCUUUGCCAACUUGGAGGAGCUAACUCAGACAAGCCUUGGCUUCGUGAACAGUCUUUUCAGCAUCAUCAAGGGCUAUGUAGACACAUCUGAGUCCUCGCCACUGAUGGAUUUUAUUUCUGUGCUCACAAAGUAUUUCCGUGGAAGCCUCUGCCAGAGCCACCAGAUGUACUGCCUGAACUACUCUGCUGCUCUGUUUUAUCUGGAGACCCUGAGGCAGAGAGAGGACUUUGGCAUUUACUUAAAAUGGUGUGAGCAAAAUGAGCAGUGCCGACGGCUUCACCUGCCUGAGCUCCUGGUGGCCCCACUGCACAGGCUUACCCGGUAUCCCUUGCUGCUGAAGAACAUCUGGAAAAGGAGUACAGACUCUACUGAGAAAAUCAUGAUCUACUCCAUCAAGGAGAAGGUGGAGAAGUCUCUUCGGGAUCUUGAAGGAAAAGUGAAAUGGUUGGACAAUUUCCAAAAAUUUAGACAUCUACAGGAGAUUAUAGUGUGGCCUCCACUCUGGGACAGAGAUAAAAGGUUUUUCAUUCCAGAGUAUCUGAGACACAUUUUUAAAGAACACAUGGCAGAAACCAUCCUGUCACCAACCAACAGGCACCUUCUCUAUGAAGGGAAACUAACUCUUGCAGAAAGCACAAGAUUUCUAGAUGUUUAUCUGUUUCUCUUUGAUGACUUCCUCUUAGUUACAAAAACCAAGCGCAACAGAAAGAAACCUGGAGGCUCUGACACUGGCUUACUGUGUCCUUCACUUACUCCUGAGCUGCAAACCAUAAUAAAAGAGGGUGGUUCUUGUACAGUACUUGAUCAACCCAUUCCACUAGAUAGAUUGGUAGUCAAAAGCAUUGACCCACUCCACGUGUCAGCCUUUGGACUGAGAAAUGCGUUUCUUCUACAACAUGAAAACAGAUACCGACAGUGUAUAGCGGCAUUCUUACUACAAGCCCAGACAGAAAACAUCAAAAAAGCAUGGAUAGCACAAAUAACGGCAGCAAUCUCUUGCUUCACCAAGAAUCAGGAAACCAAGAAAAUAUCUUUAUUCACAUUGCCUGCAGAAUCUUCUGAAAUUUAGGAACUUAAAACAAGUGGCAUACCUUUUUAAGAGGUUUGAGUUUAAAGCAUUUUCAUUUAAAUUCGUGAUAAACUUGAAAUGUGCUUUUUAAAGGCAUUCCAGAAUUUGAGAAUUUGAGCUAGUGAAGCCCUUAGUACAGCGGAAUGAUGACGGCAACAAAUUUGAGCUCCGAGGAUUUCUUUACAAGCACGGACUGAUAUCCAACACGGUCUUCUACCGCUUCAGACUUGUAUGGAGCACAAGUGAAGAACGGUGCUGUCAUAAUUUGUAAAUAGUGAAUGGCUGAAAAGCAGAGUACCAGAAAGAUUGGGCAGUGCUUGCGUCCAAUAUGAAUUCUAGCAUUUUACUCUGUAAGUAUCUAUCAAAUAAUGAAACUGACUUUUCUACAUUGCUUAUAACGCAAUCUUACUGCUGUAUAGACCUACCUCAAACACAGUAAGUUUUGAUAUACAAAGUUUGUGGCUCUUUUAACCUAUUAAUAAAUAAGGUCAUUUUAA